UGCACAACCUUGCGCAUGGGCACAUUGUUUUUCACAAGGAGCUUGAAACUGACAGAAGAAAGAUAUCAAGGGGAACAAACGAGAUAAAGCACAAUUUAAGGUUUCAGGAUAAAAUCUUCCCUCUUGUAAGGAUUUCUCCUCUCCAGUUGGAUACCAAUCCCGGUAGAGAUUGGGGAACUACAUGUCCCUGCAUGCAAUACGAUUUUUGUGUAAAUUUAAAAUCCCAGCAUACCACUUCCUGUCUUUUUUUACUCUAGUGUAGACGUCUGGGGGGCCUGAAAUGUAGCUUCCUGAAGUCUUGAUGUGUGAUUGGAGGUGCGUAGGCCUAGGCAUAGGUAUAUAAGCGAGAAGAGAUGGCCUUGGUGACAAAAAGCCGUUGGGCCUGUAAAGGACGUAGUAAAAAGAGAAUUUAAGGUACGCCUGGCAGAAAGAAGUGAGAAGCUCAUUUGACCCCAGGCCUUCCCAGGCGAGCCCUGUUGUUUUCUUCCGGGCCAGCCUGAACCUCCCCGGCCCCCGUAGGCUGUAGGUCUGAAGUGCCCGUCAAAAUGGAAGUAAACCCCCCCAAACAGGAUCACUUGCUGGCGUUGAAAGUGAUGCGGUUGACUAAGCCUACUUUAUUCACCAAUAUUCCAGUAACAUGUGAAGAGAAAGACCUACCAGGAGAUCUCUUUAACCAACUGAUGAGAGAUGAUCCUUCAACAGUAAAUGGUGCAGAAAUUUUAAUGUUGGGAGAAAUGUUGACUUUACCACAAAAUUUUGGGAAUAUAUUUUUGGGAGAGACCUUUUCCAGUUAUAUCAGUGUUCAUAAUGAUAGUAAUCAAGUUGUAAAAGAUAUACUGGUAAAAGCUGAUCUUCAGACAAGUUCUCAGCGUUUAAAUCUUUCAGCUUCCAAUGCUGCAGUGGCUGAACUUAAACCUGAUUGUUGUAUUGAUGAUGUCAUACACCACGAAGUAAAGGAAAUUGGAACACAUAUCUUGGUAUGUGCCGUGAGUUAUACAACUCAGGGUGGAGAAAAAAUGUAUUUUAGAAAAUUCUUCAAAUUUCAGGUUCUCAAACCAUUGGAUGUGAAAACUAAAUUUUAUAAUGCAGAGAGUGACCUCAAUUCUGUGACUGAUGAAGUAUUUCUUGAAGCCCAGAUUCAGAAUAUUACAACCUCACCCAUGUUCAUGGAGAAAGUGUCAUUAGAGCCAUCUAUAAUGUACAGUGUAACAGAAUUAAAUUCAGUCAACCAAGCUGGAGAAUGUGUGUCCACAUUUGGGUCAAGAGCAUAUCUGCAGCCAAUGGAUACACGCCAGUACUUAUAUUGUCUAAAACCCAAGAAGGAGUUUGCAGAAAAAGCAGGCAUCAUUAAAGGAGUAACAGUAAUCGGAAAAUUGGAUAUAGUAUGGAAAACAAAUCUAGGUGAAAGGGGAAGGUUACAAACCAGCCAACUUCAAAGAAUGGCUCCAGGUUAUGGAGAUGUUAGGUUGUCUCUGGAGGCAAUCCCAGACACUGUAAACCUAGAAGAACCUUUCCAUAUUACUUGUAAAAUAACAAACUGCAGUGAAAGGACUAUGGAUCUGGUUUUGGAAAUGUAUAAUACCAAUUCUAUCCACUGGUGCGGUAUUUCAGGAAGACAGCUUGGAAAGCUGCACCCAAGUUCCUCUCUCUGCCUUGCCCUUACUCUGCUGUCUUCAGUACAAGGACUACAAAGCGUCUCCGGCUUAAGACUAACAGACACAUUCUUAAAGAGAACAUACGAAUAUGAUGACAUUGCACAAGUCUGUGUGGUAUCUUCAGCCAUUAAAGUUGAAAGCUAAAGAAAAUUUCCAGUGUAAUGUUUUCAUUUAGUUUUAGAGAACUGCUUUAUUUCUGUAUUUUUAUCAUCUUUGUGAAAGGAUGAAAUCAGUAGCAAAAGUAAGUAUAAUUUAAAUUUCUUGCCUGUAAAACACGUAAAAUUAUUAAAUGUUUGGAAAGUACAGAUUUUAUCUUGAGUAUUCUGAGUGAACAUUUCUGAAUUUUCUACAUAUAUUUCAUUUUAGAUGAUCAUUAAACUUUGUUCUCCA